ACCUUUCACCUCAGAUGAAGUCCGACAUCGGCCGAUGCGGUGGACUGAGACGCAUCCAACAGAUAUCUCAAGCUUAAACUGACAGCUUUUUAUGGGGGAUGUUUUAUUAUUAGGAUAAUUCGAUUUCUGGGGGAGCGGACAUUGACUCUAGGAAGAUAAUACAUUUUUACAGUUAAAUUACGGCAAGGAGGUCUCAUGAAAAAAUAGGCUCCCUAUGGAAAUCAAAUGCUUGUCCAACUGAUUCGUUCUAGGCCGGCCCUGAUUUGACAAAGGAACAUUUGAUUGUACCUGUAGUAUUUUGGUAAGAAAGCUGGAAAUGCAGAAUGGUGCUACUGAGUGGUGGUGGAGGACACAUGAGGCUAAAUUCAAACAGACAGGAAACAAGAAGUAAACAACUAAACACACAAUUAUACACAACUGCAAGAGAGCUGGAUUAGGGCUUCAUAGGCUAUCUUGAGUAAUGCAGCUUGUAGGCUUUCCGCCAACUUUCGGCAGGUAAAUGAAGACAUUGCCACUAAAACUUUCCUAAAAGAAUGAUAGAAACUCUUCUACCUACUACUUUAUGAACCUGCUAGUUUAUGAAUAUGUACAUUCACCUCCCCAAUGUGUGUUCUAUGGGCUCAGGCCUCUGUUCCUUCUUGUCUCUGGAAGCAGAGGGUUCUCUAUUCACGCCCCAUGCUAGCACACUGGAAGCCUGCUGUGGGACUUAGAUAAGCUGAUUAACAGGAGUAAACGGUGUUUGCCUGACUCUCUCUAUAACUYUCUUACUCGCCUCUGUCCAUUAUAAGCCUCAAGACGAGAGGAAAUCAUCAGGUAUCACUUCAGGGCUUCAUAGGCUAUCUUGAAUAAUGCAGCAUGAAAAAAUGACUAGAGGACACACCUUCAUCUGUCUUCUGCCUUUACUGAUUGGGUAUUCAUCUCAGUCCUGUGAGAAGGAGACCGACUGCCCCAAAGACAACCAGGAUGUUUACGGCAAGGAAGUGACACAGAUCCCAGUAAGUCUGAAAGCAGGUGUSACAGAGGUCUUCUUUGUGGAAAGUAACAUCAGUGUCAUCCCAAAGGGGGCCUUCGCCACCAACCCGAGUCUGGAAAAGGUAGAGUUCAUCYCCACCCCCACCGUGUCCAUAGAGAAUGGUGCUUUCGAGGGAUUGGUCGACCUCAAGCAUAUUGAGAUCUCCAGUACCCCACUAACAUCCUUGUCUGUAGACGUCUUCCAAGACCUGCACAACCUGGAUAAACUUCUGCUGAAACUCAACAGGAUCCGUAGUCUGGAGAAAGGAUUGUUUGAUGGCCUUAAGAAACUGAGAGAACUCCAAUUACACAUAAACAAGAUUGACACCAUCGAGGAGGGGACAUUUGAUGACCUAGAAAACCUUCGGACCKUCCAUCUGGCCAAAAACCACCUCAGUUCUGUGUCCUCCGCCCUGUUCUCAAAGCUGCACAAACUGGAGGUACUGAGGCUCUAUGAGAACCAACUUACCGCCAUUCCUGACGAUAUAUUAGAAAAUCUUUCCAAUUUAAAGGAGAUCGCUCUUCAGGGUAACAAAAUCACUUCAAUAUCAGCCAAUUUGUUCCCACAUAAAGACAAAUUAAACAAGAUACUUUUGGACAAUAACAUGUUGACUGAAUUGCCUCCAGAAAUAUUUGUGGGCUUUCCUCUGCUUAAAACAUUGACACUAAAUGGAAAUAAACUUGCAAGUCUACCCCCUGUCCUCUUUGGAGAGAUGCCCAAACUGACUGAGUUGAGUCUCAGUCGAAACAUGAUUACCAGCCUUCCUCAGGGAGUAUUUAGUCCUCUUAAGAAACUCAGGAAGUUGGAUCUGUCUAACAACCAAUUGUUCACCGUGUCUGAAGAGUCUUUUGAGGGCCUUGAGAAGCUAACAGAACUCAAUCUUCAAUACAACCACAUCAAAUCAUUGAAAGCAAACACCUUUGAAAAGCUGACAUCACUAACCACCCUUAGACUGGCUCAUAAUAGCCUGGGGACACUUCCAGAGGAUAUAUUUGACCCCUUACCAAAACUCAGCAAAGUCUAUUUAAACAACAACAUUUGGGAUUGUGACUGCAGGAUGGUCCCCCUCUUCAAUUGGAUGAAGGCAAACCCUGGCAAGAUCAAGUCUAUGUCUCCUGAGAUCUGUAACCAGCCGGAGGAUUUAAAGGGACAAGAAAUCAUGUCUCUCAAAGAGGACCAGCUCAUAUGUCCUCCUCUGACCACCAUCCCUUCACUCACCACAACCACCACCACCACCACAACCCAAACAAACACACCACUUGUAACCACAAUGCCCACUACUAGAGUUACAACUACAACCCCUCAGCCACCUACAACCACUCAGCCAACUACUCUACCCACUACGACACCAACAACCACAGAGCCUACGACUCCUCAGCCACCUACAACUACAACAACUUUGCCAACCACAAUGGCCACCACAACUGAAGCCACCACCCCAACUACAACCACCAUUGUGACCACCUCACUAAUUACCACAACUCUGAUACCCACCACGAAAGGGACAACCACAGCACUGACUACAACCACAUUACCCACAUCUGCAAAAAUCACCACUUUAGCCCCUUCAACAACCACAGCUCCUACCACAACCACCACUUUAGCCCCUACCACAACUACCACAUUAGCCCCUACUACAACCACAGCUCCUACCACAACCACCACCUUAGCCCCUACCACAACCACAGCUCCUACCACAACUACCACUUUAGCUCCUACUACAACCACAGCUCCUACCACAACUACCACUUUAGCUCCUACCACAACCACAGCACCUACCACAACCACCACCUUAGCCCCUAACACAACCACAGCUCCUACCACAACCACAACCACCUUAGCCACAACCACAACCACUGUCACAACCUCAAUACCCACCACCACACUUUUUACCACUUUCCCAACAACCACCAUCACAAGAACCACCCGGAGAACCACCAUCACCAGAACCACCUGGAGAGACUCAACACAGCCACUGACCACGCCAAGGAUCUUCAGCUGUCCCAACAUAGCACCUUCUCGUCACCCGUCCCCCUCCUACUACACCCGUCAGGCCUGGAGCAAGACCUCUCAGUGCAGGGCCCAGAUGAUAUCCUACACAGCCAUGCUGGUGGUGGAGAUAGGCUGCACCCUGGUGCUGGCUAAGUUCACCCUGUCUCUGUACAGCUUGCUCCAGCGCAGGGAGAGGCUGUACACCCAGGUCAACCUGACUCACUUUUCCUACAGAAAGGAUGUCACGCUGAGGCCAGUCAAGGUGACAGAGACUGUGGGUCUGUGAUCAGGGGGGGGGGGGUAGAUUUUAUGGCAUAUGGUCCAGCUCCAUCCUCAGACACUUGAUUUCAUUUUUGGUGAAAUUCACAUUUCUGGAUAAGGCUUUAAAUACGGGAUAAAAUACUGCUAUGCCACAUGAUUGCACAAAACACAGGGUCCUAGUGAUGCGGUAAGGCAGAAGAAAAUAGGGAGUGUUUGUCAUCUUUUCUGAAAAAUAAAUAAACACAAACAUAUGAAUUAUUCAAACAUAUUAAUGAAUCUCUUUUUACAUCAGCCGAUGUCUUUGGGCUGCCACAGCCCAGGAGUAGUUCAAUACAGUAACACUGCCACGGCCAAGGAGUAGUUCAAUACAGUAA